AAUAAAUUAAAUAUCAAAAAACCACAUUCCUGGCAUCACUUAAUACUAAAUCGUCUAACUCAAAUUUGACAGUCAAAAGUCAUUUCUGUGGCUUUCUCGUUUUUCCCAAAAAUCUUUUAUUUUUACAAAAAUAUAAAUAAAGUGAAUUUUAUAUUAUAUUCUUCAAAUUAAAAUAAUAAUAAAUCGAUCUAUAAAAGGUAAAGGCAAAUAAACUCUACUAAAAAUGUCUUCACGUGGCCGAGAAGAUCAUCCACAAUCCUCCAAAUUAACACUGGCCGAAAAACAAAAAUACAUCGAAGAUUAUGAUUUUCUUUAUUGCGAUGAAUCUGGAAAAUAUGAAAAAGUUGCAAAAAUUGGUCAAGGAACUUUUGGUGAAGUAUUCAAAGCAAGAGAAAAGAAGAGUAACAAAAAGUUCGUGGCUAUGAAAAAAGUCCUAAUGGACAAUGAAAAAGAAGGUUUUCCAAUUACUGCUUUACGUGAAAUUCGUAUAUUGCAACUUUUGAAACACGAAAACGUCGUCAAUCUGAUAGAAAUCUGCAGAACAAAGGCGACUUUACACAACCAAUACAGAUCUACGUUCUAUUUGGUCUUUGAUUUCUGUGAACAUGAUUUGGCUGGUCUCUUGUCAAAUAUUAACGUGAAAUUCAGUCUGGGAGAGAUUAAGAAAGUCAUGCAACAGCUUUUAAAUGGAUUGUACUAUAUUCACAGCAAUAAGAUAUUACACCGUGAUAUGAAAGCUGCGAAUGUCCUAAUAACCAAGCAUGGUAUCCUUAAACUGGCCGAUUUUGGUUUGGCGCGUGCAUUUAGCAUUCCAAAGAAUGAACAGAAGAAUCGUUACACAAACCGAGUCGUGACACUUUGGUAUCGUCCACCAGAACUGCUUUUAGGUGAUCGAAACUACGGUCCACCCGUCGAUAUGUGGGGAGCUGGUUGCAUCAUGGCUGAGAUGUGGACACGUUCGCCAAUAAUGCAAGGAAACACUGAACAACAACAACUCAUUUAUAUCUCACAGCUAUGUGGCUCAUUUACACCAGAUGUUUGGCCUGGAGUCGAAGAACUGGAACUCUACAAGACUGUUGAAUUGCCAAGAGGUCAUAAGAGAAAAGUCAAAGAUAGACUUAGACCGUAUGUUAAGGAUUUGCAUGGCUGUGAUUUGUUGGAUAAACUAUUAACAUUGGAUCCAAAGAAAAGAAUUGAUGCAGAUACCGCUUUGAAUCAUGAUUUCUUUUGGACUGACCCCAUGCCAAGUGAUUUGAGUAAAAUGUUGUCACAACAUUUACAAAGUAUGUUCGAGUAUUUGGCUACACCAAGGAGAUCAGGACAAGCACGACAAUAUCAACAGCAAAUGGUUACGAUGAUGCCUAAGCCACAGGAUAAUAGUCUGAUCGAUAGGGUUUGGUAGGAGUUUGAUUUUAGUUUUCCAUGCGACCGACCCGAAUACUUCGGGUACUUUUUUUUAUACUUUGUUCGUCUAUAAGGUGAAAUUUUUUUCUUUUAGUUAAGACUCGUGAAAUAAAAAACAAAAAUAAAA